AUGAGAGAGUGCAUCUCGGUUCACAUCGGACAGGCCGGGAUUCAGGUCGGCAAUGCGUGCUGGGAGCUCUACUGCCUUGAACAUGGCAUUCAGCCUGAUGGGCAGAUGCCAAGUGACAAGACUGUAGGUGGAGGAGAUGACGCCUUCAACACCUUCUUUAGUGAAACUGGUGCUGGAAAGCAUGUUCCUCGUGCUGUUUUUGUGGAUCUUGAACCUACUGUUAUUGAUGAAGUGAGGACUGGAACUUAUCGCCAGCUAUUCCAUCCUGAGCAGUUGAUCAGUGGCAAGGAAGAUGCUGCUAACAACUUUGCCCGAGGACAUUACACAAUCGGGAAAGAAAUUGUUGAUCUCUGCCUGGAUCGCAUCCGAAAGCUUGCUGAUAACUGCACUGGCCUCCAAGGUUUCCUUGUUUUCAAUGCUGUGGGUGGAGGUACAGGGUCUGGGUUGGGAUCCUUGCUCUUGGAGCGUCUAUCUGUUGACUAUGGAAAGAAGUCAAAGCUUGGCUUCACUAUCUAUCCAUCACCACAGGUCUCAACCUCUGUUGUUGAGCCUUACAACAGUGUCCUGUCCACUCACUCCCUACUUGAGCACACUGAUGUUUCUAUAUUGCUUGACAAUGAGGCCAUCUAUGACAUCUGCAGGCGGUCCCUUGAUAUUGAGAGACCAACCUACACCAACCUCAACCGCCUGGUUUCUCAGGUGAUUUCUUCCUUGACUACAUCUCUGAGGUUUGAUGGUGCUCUGAAUGUAGAUAUGACUGAGUUCCAAACGAACUUGGUCCCUUAUCCAAGAAUCCACUUCAUGCUUUCCUCUUAUGCACCAGUUAUAUCUGCUGAGAAAGCAUACCAUGAGCAACUCUCUGUGGCUGAGAUCACUAACAGUGCUUUUGAGCCGUCAUCUAUGAUGGCGAAAUGUGAUCCUCGCCAUGGCAAAUACAUGGCUUGCUGUUUGAUGUACCGUGGUGAUGUGGUGCCCAAGGACGUGAAUGCUGCUGUGGCUACCAUUAAAACCAAACGCACCAUCCAGUUUGUUGACUGGUGCCCCACUGGAUUCAAGUGUGGUAUUAACUAUCAGGCCCCAACUGUGGUACCUGGUGGUGAUCUUGCCAAGGUCCAGAGAGCUGUCUGUAUGAUCUCUAACUCAACUAGUGUGGCAGAAGUUUUCUCUCGCAUUGACCACAAGUUUGACCUCAUGUAUGCCAAGCGUGCCUUUGUCCACUGGUAUGUUGGUGAGGGAAUGGAGGAAGGUGAGUUCUCUGAAGCUCGUGAGGAUCUUGCUGCUCUCGAGAAGGAUUAUGAAGAGGUUGGCGCAGAGGCAACCGAAGAUGAUGGUGAUGAUGGAGAAGAUUACUAA